UGCUCCUCUCCUUUGGGGUUUCCUCCCUUCUAUGCAGACCGCUGGGGCAAUAGGAGCUGCUGUCACAAGCUAAGGCCAUGGCCGCGGCACCCGGGGAGCGGCUGCAGGAGGAGGCGCGGUGCUCCGUGUGCCUGGACUUCCUGCAGGAGCCCAUCAGCGUGGACUGCGGCCACAGCUUCUGUCUGCGGUGCAUCUCGGAGUUCUGUGAGAAGUCAGACAGCGCUCAGGGCGUCUAUGCCUGUCCCCAGUGCAGGGGUCCCUUCAGGCCCGCCAACUUCAGACCCAACCGGCAGCUGGCCAGCCUGGUGGACAGCGUGCGGCAGCUGGGGCUGGGCACGGGACACGCGGGGUCGCGUCAGUGUGCGAGGCACGGUGAGGACCUGAGCCGCUUCUGUGAAGAAGACCAGGCGAUGCUGUGCUGGGUUUGCGAUACCAGCCUUGAGCACCGGAGCCACCGCACGGAGUCACUGCAGGAGGCAGCCAGCCGCUACCAGAGGAUGCUCAGAGCCGCUUUGGAGCUUGUGAAGAAGGAAAUGGAAGAGGCUCUGACCCAGGAGGCCAACGUGGGAAAGAAGACCAUCAUCUGGAAGGAGAAAGUGGAGAUGCAGAGACAACGUUUCAGGCUGGAGUUUGAGAAACACAGGGGUUUUCUGGCCCAGGAGGAGCAGCUGCAGCUGAGGCGCCUGGAAGAGGAGGAGCGAGCAACCCUGCAGAGACUGCGUGACAGUAGGAACAGGCUGGCCCAACAGAAUAAGGCCCUGAAGGAACUGGCUGAAGAGCUGGAGGAGAGGAGCAAGCAGCCAGCUCUAGGGCUACUGGAGGGAGUGAGAGGAGUCUUGAUGCGAAGCGAAGCUAUCACAAGGGUGGAACCAGAGGCUGUCCCUAUGGAGCUAAAGACUGUGUGCCACAUCCCUGGGAUGAGGGAGAUGCUGAGGAAGUUCCAAGUGGAUGUGAAGCUGGAUCCGGCCACUGCCCACCCAAGCUUGCUCUUAACGGCAGACUUGCGCAGUGUGCAAGAUGCGGAGGUCUGGAGGGAUGUCCCCAGCAACCCUGAGCGCUUUGACACCUGGCCCUGCAUCCUGGGCCUGCAGGGCUUCUCCUCUGGGAGGCAUUACUGGGAAGUCAUCGUGGGGGAAAGAGCAGAGUGGGGACUAGGGGUCUGCCAAGACUCAGUGCUGAGAAAAGGGGAGACCACACCGUCCCCAGAGAACGGCGUCUGGGCCAUGUGGCUGCUCAGGGGGAGCGAGUACAUGGUCCUGUCCUCUCCCUCAGUGCCUGUGCUCCAAUAUGAGCGACCUCGCCGCAUUGGGAUCUUUCUGAACUACGAAGCUGGCGAAAUCUCCUUCUACAAUGUCACAAAUGGGUCUUAUAUCUACACAUUCAAUCAUCUCUUCUCUGGUGUUCUCAGACCCUACUUCUUCGUCUGUGACUCGACUCCUCUUAUCUUGCCGCCCAUGACAGAAGCAGGGUCUGGAAACUGGACGCCCAGGGGUCUCUUUGAUCUUGCUGCUGCUGCCAGAAGUGAGGAGUACUAAACCCAUCGGAAGUGCUGCUUUUCAGAGAGGCUCUGGAUAGACUGGG